CUGACAGCCAGUAUGUUAGGUCUAACCAGAUCAGUAUCAGCCCCGAAUUUUAGCGUGCGAACCGUUGAAUCCUCCCGCUCGACAAACCGCUUGGAGGCCGAUUCCAGUGUGUGGAGCAGCCAGCUGCAGGAGGAGGAGGCCUCCGUCUCCAGCCUCGGGCUCUCGUUCAUCCGCCGAAAGCAGCCGUCGCGCUUCGUGUUCCGCACCUACGUGUGCGUCCUGCUGGGCAUCGAGGUGUCCCUCGGUUCGCUGCAGUGGCUCGGCUCCACGUACCGCUGGCGACCGGACCUGAAUCCGGCCAACCGCAGCCUGUCCGUCCUGCUGCUCCUGCUGUCGUGGAUCAACCUGACGCUGGCCUUCAUCGGUUUCCGCCGCCUGCAGUUCACCUUCCCGCUCAACUGGAUCAUCUUCGGCUGCAUCUUCGAGAGCCUCACGCUGCUGGUCGUGUGUCUGCACAUCCUCGAGCUGGAUCUCACCUGGCCAUUCGUACUGGUCGGCAUCGGGGUAAUGGUCGUCUAUACGCUGCUGGGGCUGUGGGUGCCGAGCUUCCUCACCGCCAACCUAUGGAUCAUCAUCCUGGCCAGCUUUGUUGUCUUUGUGGUGUCCGCCAUUGCGUUGUACUUUCACCUGCAGAUGAGCUACUAUGUGCCGGCCAGCCUGUGCCUGGUCUUCUUCGGCCCGUGGGCCAUGUUCAACUCCCAGAAGCUCUUCCUGCCCCACAUGCGCACCGGUUACCUGCCGCACCAGUACUUGGAGGCAUCGGCCAAGAUGUACAUCAACUACGCCUUCACCGUCAGCGGCAUCAUCUUCGCCCACCGCCUGGCGGUCAACACCUUGGAUUCCCAUGGAUAGCAGGGAGGUGGAGGAGGAGCAGGAGGUGGAGGAGGAGGAGGUUAAGUUACUUUCCUGGUUGAGUUUUGAGUGGAGGGAAGCUGGGGCUGAUCUCAUUGGUUGUUUUCGUUUUUUGUAAGUCUUUCAUCACUGAAUAAAUUGUCACGUGUUUACUUGUAUAUCUUAAA